UAUCAAAACAUCGCCGUGUCUACAUUUCAGCAAUUAUAGACAAUAAACAGUUGCAACCGACAGUUGUAAGAUGGCCUCAGACGUAUUAGCAGUAGCUUUAGCAAUCGCUUUAUUAGUAAGCAACGCGUACGCGAGCAAAAACAUCGAAAACGUAUACGCACACAGUGAUAACUAUGGGAACUAUGGGAACCUGAAUGACACCACAUCCUUCACAUGGCAGGACCUACGUAAUGAAAUACAUCAGGGUGAUGCAGUUACCUACGAGCUCGGUGCGCCACAAUAUCAAAUACUAAAUGCUGAUGAGCCUAUAGAAAUCAUCACACCGGAUCAACCAGGAUACUAUGAGAGCUUGAAACGUUAUGAGCAAGCCGCAGAACAGACGGCCUCACAGAUGCCUGAGCAAGGACCAGCGGAGAAGUUAACCUUAGACACUACUGAUUCUACCACUGUUGCGCCCGAUGACGCAAGAGGACAGCGUGCAAAGGAUAAAAACGAUAAGCAAACACUGUCGGGAGAUAAGAAGAUUAGAUUUAUUAUUUUGAACUCCAAGAAAAAGAGUAAAAACUCAAAAAUCUACAUAGAUUUGACGAAAAAUAAACAGCAAGGCACUUUUGUAGCCGGAAGCCUUAAAAAUGAUGUGAAUGAGGUGGCUGUUGGAAAAUCUAAAUCAGUUGAAAAAUCUACUGAUACGCAACAAACAGAUUGGAAGAAUGAACUGCCUCUACAAAACUCUUUCAAUGCUAUUAAACAAAAACAGAACUCUUCAACGCAAACAAAUACUACAGAAGAAACAACAAACCUCGAUGAAACCACUCCAAUUAACAUUGCCGAGAAUAUGACUAAUCCACCAAUAUCACAUAAAGGUCUAAUGGUUAUGGAGGCGCCAGCACACGCAGUAGCAAUGCCCACCGCUAAUAUACCCAUCGAAAUGUCUCUACCCACUGCACCAAUGCUUCAAGAAUUUCUGCGACCCGACGACAUCUCCUCAACAUUCCCAGGCGAUGCACCAAUGCUUCAACAAUUUCUGCGAUCCGACGACAUCUCCUCAACAUUUCCAGGCGAUGCACCAAUGCUUCAAGAAUUUCUGCGUCCCGACGACAUCUCCUCAACAUUUCCAGGCGAUGCACCAGCAGAGCCGCAUGCAGCUGGCGUGAGAUCAAAUCUUCCAUUACAUCCAGCACUACCACAUAUUCGAGAUUUCGAAUACUUGUAUCGCUCCGCUUUAGGUCUAAGAUGAGACUAGGUGCUUGUGAGAAUUUAUUUUCUUUGUCUGCAU